UGAGUGCUGAGGCGGAGGUGAACCCGGGCCGCGCGCUGCCCAAACCCGCACAUCCGGCGCUGCACAGCGGUUCGGCUUCCGGCAAGCACGCUGAGCUUUUGUGUGGAGCUCGUGGGUCGACCGACGGAGUGAAAGCCUGCCUGCCUCCCGCCGCAGUCCGGAGCGAGCAUGUCGGAGUUCCUGGUCAGUCUGCUCGGAGAGCGGCUCGUCACCGCAGAGAAAGCCGAGGUGGACGUGCACGCGCUGGGCAGCGGGCUCGCGCUCGUCGGCCUCUACUUCGGCUGCAGCGUGAACGCGCCGAGCCGCCAGUUCAACAGCAGCCUGGCGGACUUCUACUGCCACUUCAAGAGCUCCUCCGAGCACAGGGACCGGCUGGAGAUCGUCUUCAUCUCCUCCGAUCAGGACCAGAAACACUGGCAGGACUUCCUGCAGGAGAUGCAGUGGCCGGCGCUGCCUUUUAAAGACCGACACAAGAAGAUGAAGCUGUGGAACAAGUACAAGGUGACCAGUAUUCCCUCACUGGUGUUUGUGGAUGCAACAACAGGGAAGGUGGUGUGUCGCAACGGUUUACUUGUGGUGAAGGAUGACCCGAAAGGUCUAGAGUUCCCGUGGGGGCCGAAGCCCUUUGCGGAGGUGGUGGCUGGACCCCUGCUCAGUAACAACAGGCAGCCGACAGACAGCAGCACCCUGGAGGGCUCCUACGUGGGGGUUUACUUCUCUGCUCACUGGUGCCCUCCCUGCCGCAGUCUUACCCGAGUGCUGGUGGAGACUUAUCGGAAAGUGAAGGAGUCUGGACACAAGUUUGAGAUUGUGUUUGUGAGCGCUGACAGAUCAGAAGAUUCCUUCACGCAGUACUUCAGCGAGAUGCCGUGGCUGGCUGUGCCAUACACAGACGAGGCUAGGAGAUCCCGCCUCAACAGGCUCUACGGAAUACAAGGGAUCCCUACACUGAUUUUUCUGGACACGGAGGGUCACAUGAUCACACGGCAAGGCCGGGUGGAGGUGCUCAAUGACCCGGAAUGCCAUCUUUUCCCCUGGCACCCGCGGCCUGUGCUGGAGCUCAGCGAGUCUAAUGCUGUUCAACUCCAUGAAGGCCCCUGUCUCGUUCUCUUCGUAGAUGCAGAAGAGGAGGGUGAGCUGGAGCCAGCCAAGGAGCUCAUCCAGCCAAUUGCUGAGAAGAUCAUGGCCAAGUACAAAGCCAAGGAUGAGGAAACCCCGCUGCUCUUUUUUGUGGCUGGAGAGGAUGACAUGAGCGACUCUCUGCGUGAUUACACCAACCUGCCUGAGGCGGCGCCACUGCUCACCAUCCUGGACAUGUCAGCCCGUGCCAAGUACGUCAAAGACGUGGAGGAGAUCACACCGGCCGUAGUGGAGCAGUUCGUCAGUGACUUUCUAGCCGAGAAGCUCAAACCGGAGCCGAUAUAAACCUGGACAGUGUUCCGUCUCCCUCCCAUCAGCCCCGUGAUUUCCUGAUUUCCCUCCACUCUGCCUGCGAGACUCCUAUGAGAUCCUUCACUUUGUACUGACCUUUUUUUUUUUUUUUAAACAAACCAAAACACUACCCCCGUCCUGUCCCUGGAGUUCUCCUUCCUCUCCUGUGGUGCCUUGCAUAUUUACAGCCUGGAUGGUAAAACUUCUGCCACAAACAGAAACAUCUUUUUAUGAAGUACAUGUGAGAAUGUAGCCGAAACCCUCCAGCUGCAGUACACAUGGAUUUUCUCGUUUUAUUUUAUUAAAAAGUAAUAAGACACGGCUUAUAUCUCCUCCACAUACCGCUUUCAGUAAGAAAACCCUGGCGCGUUUCUGAGGAGCGCAGUACACGUUUCCGUACGGGGGCUGAUGAUGAUGACACAGUGUCACGGACAACAUGAGAUCGCUGUAAAGAAAAAGUUCACCAAGCUGUUGUUUGUUUUGUUAAGCAGUUUAAUGCAGUCGGCUCUUCACGAGUCCGAAAUUCCCUCUAAUAGUUCUUGAUAUUUGAUGUAACGCAGUAUUUUCAGUCACAUUUCAGUGGAUGUUCUGUGAAGGUCCAGUUUAAUAAAAACAGUCCAAAUUUAAAGGCACAGAACAGCAUUGAGCAAGUUUCCACACUAAAUGUAGGCCUUCGUUAGUGUACAGCUUCUGUCUCUCCUUCAUCGUGUUUCUGCUGAGUCCUGGCCAUUAAAACUGACUGUCUCCGUU